CUUCAUAGCUGUCCUCCAUUUCUACUUCAAUCUUCAAUUACGUUUUUGCCUAUUCGAACGCUUUUGAGUCAACUUAUCUACUUUCCAAUCCAAAUAUUAAUUAAUUUUCAUUUGUGUUGGCCUUUUCUAUUCAAUUCCAUGAACUUUCCAAAAACAAACGUUGAUCGUAACGUAACUUUCAACAGCUACAAGUUGUGGAACUCAUUAAUUCGACAUCUUUGUUACUUUCUUUCCUUCUUCAAGUUGGGUUUUUUGGCAGUCUCUUUUCAAUCUUUCCUUUGGUUACUGUCAGGUGACUUUUUCUGAUUACCCUUUUGUUUAUCAUUGAUUUUUGUUCAUUGGGUUGUUACCAAAUUGGGUCUAUUGGUGAAGUUGCAAAGCAGUUGUGAGCUUUUUCAUUUCGUAUCUCAGGUUAGCCUGUUUUGUUGUAGUAGUUUCUUGUCUACUGCAAUUUCUAGUUUUUGCCAUUGGUGUCUUGAUCAUCUCUAGUUUUUGCCAUUUCUACUGCAAUCAUUAUUGUCUUUUCUAAUCACUUGUCAAUAUUCAAGUUUCUGUCAUGGAGAAUCCUGGGAAUUUUGGAUUGAUUGUUUGGAUUUCAUCUAUGUUUUUUUUAGUUUGUCUCUCACUUGGAUAUAACCCUGUAGAUAACUAUUUGAUACACUGUGGAUCCUUUACAAAUAUAUCAGUGGGUGAUAGAGUAUUUGUAGCUGAUAAUUCCAGUUCUUCAUCUUAUACUCUUUCAACCCCAGAGCAUAUUUUUGCCAAUUCUAGUUCAAAUUCUAUCUCACUCUACUAUGAUUCAGCUCUGUAUCAAACUGCUAGAAUUUUCAAUGGACCUUCCCAUUACAGUUUUUCAAUAAAAGAACAAGGAAGACACUGGAUUCGUCUUCAUUUCUUUCCUUUAGUAUUCGAAACGUACAAUAUGAGCAAGGCAAAAUUCUCUGUUUCUGCUCAAAACUUUACUCUUAUCAGUGAACCUCAGUUAGGGAAUGGUUCUGUUGUUAAGGAAUACAGCUUGAACAUUACUUCUAAUAAGCUGGUUCUUACUUUUACCCCUUCUGCCAAUUCAUUUGCUUUCAUCAAUGCCUUGGAAGUUUUCUCAAUUCCUGAUAAUCUCAUUCCUAAAGAAGCCAGAACAAUUGAUUCAAAAGGUGGGAACAGAAAUCUGUGGGAGCAGGCACUGGAGACAGUUGCAAGGGUGGAUAUGGGAAAUACAACAGUGCUUCCACAAAAUGAUACCUUGUGGCGACUUUGGGUUUCAGAUGAUGCAUAUCGGACUGACAAGAAUCUAGGAUCAUUUGUGUCAAAUGUCAAAGCUGUUAAUUUUACUGGAGGAUUGGUGACUGAAGAUUUUGCUCCUGCUUCUGUAUAUGGCACCGCGACUAUGUUGAACUCCUCCAUAGAUCCUAAUCUUAAUGCGAACUUGACAUGGAGCUUUGAUGUUAGCCCUGGGUUUGAUUAUCUUGUUCGGCUUCACUUUUGCGAUAUAAUGAAUAAAACUACUCUGGAAAGCAUCUUUGUGGAAAUUUUUGUGAAUACGCAUUCAGCUGGUCAUCUUAAUCUUGGUUCUCAGACAUCAAAUGUUUUAGGUGCCCCAUAUUUUAUGGAUGUGUGCACAAGGGCAAGUGCUAGUGCUAAGCUUAAUGUAAGCGUUGGUCCAUCUAAUAUACUCCAUUACCCAACUGUCAUUCUCAAUGGUUUGGAGAUCAUGAAAAUAAACAAUGCUAGGGGCAGUCUUGAUGAUCCUGAUGUUGUUUCCUCGAGAAGGUCCAAGAUGAAAGUCGUGGUUAUAGUUGGCUUGGCUGUUGGAUCAUUUGUUGUUGUUGUUUUGGCUGCAGUUAUCUUCCUUUUUUGCAGAAGAAGAAAACCAGUACUGGGGAAAGAGGAGCACUUUUCCAUGAAUAGGGGACGAAAAGUUCAUACCACAGGAAGUAAAUACUCUAAUGGGACUGCCAUAUUUUCCAGCUCAAAAAUUGGCUAUCGCUUUCCUUUCAUGGCAAUUCUAGAGGCCACUGAUAAUUUUAGUGAAAAUUUGGUAAUUGGGGUUGGUGGUUUUGGUAAGGUAUAUAGAGGAGUAUUGAGAGAUGAAACUGAGGUUGCAGUCAAGAGGGGAGCUCCUCAAUCAAACCAAGGUCUUAUUGAAUUCCAGACUGAGAUUGAAAUGCUAUCUCAGUUCCGACACCGCCAUUUAGUAUCAUUGAUUGGUUACUGUGAUGAACAAAAUGAGAUGAUCAUAAUUUAUGAGUACAUGGAGAAUGGAACACUCAAGAAUCAUCUAUAUGGCUCAAGUCUUCCUGGGUUGAGUUGGAGACAAAGGCUUGAGAUAUGCAUUGGAUCAGCCAAAGGACUUCACUAUCUUCAUACCGGUUCAGCUAAGAAAAUAAUACACCGCGAUGUCAAGUCUGCCAACAUACUACUGGAUAAGAAUUUCAUGGCUAAAGUUGCUGAUUUUGGUCUUUCCAAGACUGGUCCUGAUAUUGAUCAGACGCAUGUGAGUACAGCAGUGAAAGGAAGCUUUGGAUAUCUUGAUCCAGAGUACUUGACAAGGCAAAAACUAACAGAGAAAUCAGAUGUCUACUCCUUUGGGGUUGUUUUGCUUGAAGUCCUUUGUGGAAGGCCUGUUAUCGAUCCAUCCCUUUCGAGAGAAAAGGUGAAUUUAGUUGACUGGGCAAUGAAGUCUUGCAGGAAUGGGAAAUUGGAAGAAAUUGUAGAUCCUAGUCUUGUUGGUCAAAUAAAACCGGCCUCUUUAAGGAAGUUUUGGGACAUAACUGAGAAAUGCUUGGCAGAACAUGGCAUUUAUCGGCCUUCAAUGGGAGAUGUUCUAUGGAACUUGGAAUCUGCAUUUCAAAUAAAUGAAGAAAAAUCCAAUCAAAACGGUGAAUUAUCUUCUCAAAUCAGCCAUGUCAGUGACUUGGAAACGAGUCUAGAAUUCAGCAGAGCCGGUGGUUUAGACGACCUUGCUGGUAUUUCAAUGAGUACAGUUUUUGCUCAAAUGGUGAGAGAGGAAAUGAGGUAGAUGAACAUUACAUACUGUACAUGAAGAGGUGAAUUCCACUACAUUUCUCUUAUUUCUGCACUUCACCUUGCAAAAAUAUAUCUCAAUUAGCUUUAUCCCAAGGCUGCAAAUUCUUUAAAAAUCAGUUAGCUAGAUUUGAUAUUUGCAUGCAAUAGUCAUCUUUGUAUUGUUUUUCUACAAUAGUUAUCUUGUUUUUUUUUUUUCUUCUACUCCAAAAUAUUAUGUCCAAUUUUCUGUUUCUAUAAGAUGAAAAUCAUAUAAAAUUUUCAAUUUCUCAAUAGGUUCGAGCUAGUAUUUUUCUCGA